UUUGGGAGUGGCUAGUGUUGGGGCGGAGAGCUGAGGCUUUGGCGAGAAGGGGUGACGGUAGGUCUCUGUGGGUGGCAAUCGCAGGCAUGUGUGUCUUCAUCUUUUUCUACAUCGAUGUGCUCAAGAAGGACAUAAAUGAUCAAGUGUUGAUCAAGAUGAAGAACCUCUCCUUUCCCAACUUUCAGCCAGCAGGAAGUGGUAUAUUUACAAGCCCAAUAGUGAAAGCACAGAAUCCAGUCGCUCAUUUUACUGCCCUUGCAGAUUUCCAGAAUUCCUCCAACUUGCUCUUUGAGACUUCACUCGGACAUGCCUUCAGCAUGGCAGGCAUGAAGUGGAAUAAAACUGGUUACCUGGUGAUUCCCACCACUGGCAUCUACUUCAUUUAUGCCCAGGUGACCUACAACUGUCUGCGUGACUGCUUCAGUCAUCCUCACCAGUUUUAUGCUUCCAUUUCCAAGAGGACCCAACAUUAUCCAGCCCCAGAGAAGCUGCUGAAGAGUUAUGCAAGGCCCCUAGCCAAGGCUGAUGAAUUUCUGAAGAUCUCCACCUACCAGGCUGGGGUUUUCAAACUUGACGCUGGUGACCACCUUUAUGUUGAAGUUCCUAAAAAUCUCAUUAAGAAUGUUUCGAUCAAUGAAUAUGAAACAUAUUUUGGGGCAUUCCUGCUUCAGCAUCCUCCCUUGGAAUAAGCUAGCUGUAUGUUAUCAUUGAAUUGUUAAAGCGUGAGGUCAUUCAGCCCAUCAAGACUAUGCUGGUGCCUGGUGGAGCAAUCUUAUCCAUCCCAUUCCCAUCCCUUCCUCCCCCCCACCCCCGUGCCCUGAAUGAUUGUGCUUUCACCAUCCUUACCCAUAGUGAAUUCCUGAACCUGUCUAGAUUGGGGACAACCACCAUGUAUCUUUGCCUGAACCAUUAAAUCUGUGUCCCUGGUUCUUAGCCAAUCUACUGAUGCAAACAGCUUUGUUAUUAACACUGUCCAGACAACAUUGCUAUUAGAUCUCCCCUCAACCUCUGGCCCAAGGAUUUAAAAAAAAAACCAAGCUUCUCCAAUCCAACAGUGGAGCUAAAUCCCUCAUCCCUGGAAACGUUACAGAUCACCAUGUUACAGAAACGUUACAAUUUCCACUGCACCCUCUCCAUCAUUCUCCCAUCUUUCCUCGAGUUUCCAGGAUUUAUGAACAUGUUGACAACAUCUACCACAUUCUCUUCAUCAACCCUCUCUGUACCCCAAAAAACAUUCCAACAGGUUAGAUGGAUAAAUUUGGCUUAACAAAUCCCUACUUGCUCUUCCUUAUCAACUCAAAUUCUCCAGGCACCCAAUUAUUGUUUCUGGAAGCGUUCCCACAACUGGCUUGAACUGUAGUUGCUGACAGGUCCUUCCUGCCCCCUUUGAACAAGGUUGUUCAAUCCAUCAGAUGUCCAGUUCCUCCUGUGUUAAGGAGGUGUUGCUAAAUAAGGUACCAGCAUGGUCUCACACAUCCACUUCAAUGUGUCUUUACAUGUAUUCUGUCUGGUUCAACAGACAGGUUCAGCCAAUGUUUUACAAGAUUAUGCUACACUAGCACAUUAGGUAUUUCAGAGUUACACUCUAAUGAGUGAUUUAUGGUUUCAUUUUGUCAAACGUAGUGUUUCCUGUGUCUCACUGGUCAGUUCUCAAAUAAUAAUUGUUAUUUCUACUCGGGCAUGUGCCCACAUUUGAAAUUGAUACAUGACAAAAAAUAAAUUAUACUCCAGUAAAGU